AUGUGUCAACUACGCCACAACAAAGCACAUAUUGUAAAAGGCGCUGUCUGGCUAAGGUCCCAGGAAGACUUCAUCACCUGCCGCCCUUUGAAGUAUACAGUUGGUAUAGUCACCUACCAGGAAAUCAAUUCUUCAGUCAGGCGCUUCAGCGGUAAAGGAUAUAGAAAUGAAGACACGUGGAGAAAUCAGAGAGACGGCAAACACUAUGUAUCUGUGGUCUACUUCUUGGCCAGGAAGGGUCAGCUGGUCGACUCCAGUUACAAAGUCUCAUCUGAGGGAUUCAAGGACGCCCGCGUACGCUAUUCCACGACCACGUCACUCCAAGAUCUAAAUUUCGAAGACGUGGUAUACACCAUAAAUUAUACGCCUGACAAAGGAGAGAGAUUUGUAUUCUUGCGCCAGGACGGGCGAUUGGUUAAUACACAUGGGGCAUUGAUUCGCGACCCUGAGAAAUUGGACAGGAUUCGGUGGAACCCAAUGGAUAGUGGCAUCGACCUAAAGGAGUUGAAACAAAAAAGGUUUCACGAAUUGACGCCAUCUUAUAUGAUAAGGUGUACAAUACACGCCGUAAUGACAGGCGUGAAUUGCAAGUAUUGCGUCAUGAUGUUUUCUACAAAUGGACAACAACAUACCUUCUGCAAUAAUUUCCAAGUAAAAUCAACUACAGAUAUCCAACAGAUUUCAGAGAAUUUGCCUCAAAGCUUCGGUUUCGGACAGCGACAAGUUGCGCCUGCGCGGGCAACUAAACCAGCUUCCACGGGUGCUCCCGAGAGGCCUACAAAGAAGACCUCCAAAGCAGCCAAUAUUGUGAUUGGCGGGCAGAACGAACAAUCCACAUGGCCAGCAACAGAGGAUAUCUCAAAGGAGGCUCGAGAUGUGAGGGAUUUUAAUGGUGUCUCUCCUGUCAGAAGCCAUCCAUUACUCAACAAUCUCUUGGAUACACCUUGUCGCCCCGCGAAGCGCAAAUGUUCCUAA